AUGAACGGCGGUGCCCCGCCGCCGCCCCCCGCCGCCGCCUCACGCUGCCGCCGCCGCCCCGCCUCUCCGGAGCUGCUGCGCUGCAAACGCCGCUUGGCCUUCGCCUCCCUUUCGGGCAGCGGCACCGCGGCGGCGGCCGUGGCCCGGCGCAACGAGCGGGAGCGCAACCGCGUGCGGUUGGUCAACCUGGGCUUCGCCGCUCUGCGGCAGCACGUCCCCCACGGGACCGCCAGCAAGAAGCUGAGUAAGGUGGAGACGCUGCGCUCCGCCGUCGAGUACAUCCGAGCGCUGCAGCGGCUCCUCGACGAGCACGACGCCGCCGCCGCUUUCCCCGACGGCCGAGCGGGCCGCUCUGCGGGGCGGGGGGCUGUCGGGGAAAGCGGCGGCGGCAGCGGCUAUUCCUCCGCCUCGCCCUGUUCCUCCGAGGAGAGCGGCUACGAGCCGGUGCUCAGCCCCGAGGAGCAGGAACUGCUGGAUUUCACCAGCUGGCUUGGGAGCUACUGAGCUGGUGGGAGCCAUACCUUGAUGCCUAUGGUCUUCCGCAGCAGCCAGCAGUACCCUCCAAAAUAAAUCUCCCCCAGAAAUUCUCAAGUUCCUCCUGGCUGCUUUCCUUGCUGGGCUGAAGUGCAAUGGUGUCACGGCUCCGAUGUCUGCUCUGGGGCUGCUGACGGACAAGGUUUUCACCCACUCCAGAGAAUGGCUGUGCAUCCCCUCGCAGCUACUUCCCAUCAGCCUUUGGAAAGGGUGGAAAAAAGAAAUGGAAACCACUUGAUGCUUCCUUGUUUCUGGAGGGGGAGGGAAUUUUUUUUAUAAUGUCAGAUUCUAUUUUAUAUGCAACUUGAACCGCCUAUGGGAAGAGUGGUGUAUGAAGACUUAUUUUUGUAUGAGAAACCUUGGGGAAAAGGGUUAAGGAGGUAGCUCUAUUUUCAGUCCAAUUCCCUUGUUCUUGAACACUGCCAGCUGGAAUGUUUGGGGAAUAUACACUGUUUAGAUGAAAGGGUUUGUUUGUUUUUCUUUCUCCAAACACUUUACUAAAGGACUGCAAAGUUUUGUUGCAUCUCACUGUGGUGUCUGACUCUGCCUGGUGUGAAGGUUCACUUCUCUGAAAACUGAAGUUGUUUUGUUGUUUGUUUUUUUAAAUGUAUUGAAGGCAUUUUUGUAUGCACUUGCUAGGAUUUCUUAAGUCGUACAUAUGCAGUUUUUAA